UAUUAAAAUUCUACCUCCCCCGCCCCUCAAAAAAUGUCAAAACUGCGUGACGUAAAUUAUGGACAACCCCCUUCAAAGUAGUGACUGUUUAAUUAUCUUAAAAAUAGUCUUAAUUUUUUGAAAUCAGAAGAAAAAAAUGCAGAAUGUUGACACUCAUGUCUUUCCUCUUCGGUAUUGGGAGAUCAUUUGGUAUGGAUUUAUAGCUUUGUUUGGAAUAGUCGGCAAUGGUGUGGUGAUGAUGGUCAUGAUUCUUAAUAAAAACAUCAAGUUUACUGUGUUUAAUUUUACAAUAUUUCUUUUGGCAACAACCGAUUUUAUGGUAUCUUUUAUUGGAUUACCAAAUUACAUUUUAUCGACUAACGUGUUUAACCAUCCCAAAGGGUUUAAAGGAGACUUACUCUGCAAAUUGUUUACUGGAUAUUUUUGGGCGUUCUUUUUUUUAGACGUGUCAGUGUUUUUCCUUGUUUAUUUAGCGAUCGAAAGGCGAAAAGCAAUUGUAGAUCCUUUUGGUUGUCGAGAUAAUAAACUAAACAAAAAAAAUCUAUCAAUAUUUUUUUUUAUGGUAAUUUUAGCUUUAGCGCUCGAAUAUGCCACAAUUAACGGAAUGGCUUACGACGCGGUAAACAAUACGGUCGGAAAUUUUUGUAAGUUCAAAUAUUCCUCGUUGCAGUCAGUUUAUGUUUAUUUAUUUGUGUUUAUUCUUGAAACAAUAGUACCAGUUGUUAUUUUGUUAUUGUGUUAUCAUCAAACAAUUUCAUCAAUAAAAAGAAGUAACGUUUUUUUGACAGCCAACAGUGCAUGUGAUAAGCGAAGAAGCUUAAAGAUCCUGGGAAGUAGGUUAAAAUCAGUGCAAACAUUAAAAAUAGUAAACAUAGCAUUUUUUGUGUGUGUGGUGCCGAAUAAUUUAUUUUAUUUUCUGUAUCAUUUAGGUGUGAACUUACAUUGGAACUCUGUAAUUUAUCAAAUUGCUGUUUUAAUUCGUUUUUCUAAUGCUUGUAUUAAUCCUUUUAUAUAUAGUUUUAAAAGCAAACAGUUCAAAAAAAACUUUUGGUUUGUAUAUAAUACUCAUCUGAGACGGAAAUCGAAAUAAGGAUUAGUAAUACAAACGUAAUAUUUUGCCGUUUUUUAUUUUAUACACUUUUUAAAUGCUACUACAAGCUACUUUACUACGAGUUUUUUUAUAGUUAUGUUGAAAGAUUAUAUUUU